AUGGAGGCAUUAUGUGACAAUAAUAGUUACAGUAUUGGAGUAUGUGGUAUGGGAGGGGUUGGGAAGACAACCUUGGUGAAGGAAGUACAUAAGAAAGCCAAAGAAUCAAAUCUUUUUAAUGACAUUGUGAUGACUACUGUGUCCUUUACUCCAGACAUUAGAAGAAUUCAAGGGGAAAUUGCGGACCAAUUAAAUCUAAAACUUGAUGAGGAGAGCAGUUCAGCAAGAGCAAAUCGAAUAUGCUUAAGAAUAAAGAGUGUAGAAAAGAUUCUCAUAAUCUUGGAUGAUGUCUGGAAAGACGUUGAGUUGAAAGUUAUUGGAAUUCCAUUUCAUGAUGAUCACAAGGGUUGCAAGAUUCUUCUGACUACAAGGAAUGACCAUGUGUGCAAUUUAAUGGAUUGUGGAAGGAAGAUUCCCUUGAACUUCUUAUCAGAUAAAGAAUCAUUGGCUUUAAUAAAGAAAAUUGCAUGUAUAAUUGAUGACUAUCCUCCUUUGAAUGAUGUGGUGAUGAAAGUUAUUAAAGAGUGCAAAGGUUUGCCUAUUGCAAUUGUUACAGUGGGAAAGGCUCUAGCAAGAAAACCUCUCAAUGAUUGGAAGGUAGCCCUCAAGCAACUAGAAGAGUCUAACCUUAUGGAUAUAGAAGGUGUUGAUGAUGAAAAAAAUGUUUAUGUAUGUCUUAAGUGGAGUUACGAUCGUUUAAAGCGCAAAACCAAGUUCUGCUUUUUGUUGUGUUCUUUAUUUCCAGAAGAUUAUGACAUUUCUAUUGAAGAAUUAGCUAGAUAUGUGAUGGGGCUAGAUGAAUUUGGAACCAUUACCUGUCUUGAAGAAGCGAGGAAUGAAGCGCGUGUGAUCAUUAAUAACCUCAAAGAUUCUUAUUUGUUGUUAGAAAGUAAUCGAGAAACACAUGUGAAAACGCAUGACAUGGUUCGUGAUGUUGCCUUGUGGAUAGUAUCCAAAGGAGAAAAUGAAUUCAUGCUAAGAGUCUGCACUCGUUAG